AUUUCCGUUACAGGCGGAAACGGAAGUUGCCCACAACUAAUAUGUCUGCUGUAACCUCCGUUUACUGAACAAAAAUAAAACUCGUGGAGAAUGGCAGACGGUGGAGUCGACGAGCUAUCUCAGCUGGAAUAUUUGUCUUUGGUCUCGAAGGUUUGCACGGAGCUUGACAACCAUUUGGGAAUAAAUGACAAAGAUUUAGCUGAAUUCGUCAUCAGUCUCGCUGAAAAACAACAGAGCUUCGAUGGUUUUAAAGCUCUUUUGCUUGAAAAUGGAGCCGAAUUCACAGAUUCUCUCAUCAGUAACUUACUCAGACUCAUUCAGACGAUGCGACCUCCUUCCAAGGCAUCAAGUAAAGCCUCUGAUGCAUCUGUCCAGCCAAAAACAGAAAAAGAAAAACUAAAGGAGCUGUUUCCUGCGUUGUGCAGACCAAACGAUCCAUCACCAAAGCGGCUACUAGAUGAAGAUGAUGUGAAAGUAGCAGCUGAUGCAAUGAAGGAGCUGGAGAUGUUUAUGCCCAGUGUUAGUGGGGCAGACCCCAAAGUCACCAAGAUCAAAUCAGAAAAAAGUAAGCAUCACAGUCGAAGUCGCAGUAGAAGCCGAGAAAGAGACAGACACAGAGAGCGAGACAGGGACAGGGAGCGGGACAGGAAGAGACGGCACCGGUCACGUUCCAGAUCCAGAUCUCGUUCCUGGGACCGUGAUCGGCACAGGGAUCGGGACCGGGAUCGAGGCAAAAGAAGAGAGAAAUCUUCUCGCUGGGCUGAUCGUACCCCCAGCCCCAGAAAAGACCAAGAAAGAGAUGCUGACAGGUGGAAGGACAAACAUGUGGACCGACCUCCUCCAGAGGAGCCCUCUGUGGGUGACAUCUACAAUGGGAAAGUCACCAGCAUCAUGCAGUUUGGAUGCUUUGUUCAGCUGGAGGGGCUGAGAAAACGUUGGGAGGGUUUGGUGCACAUUUCUGAGCUGCGCAGAGAGGGUCGUGUGGCUAACGUGGCCGAUGUUGUUAGUAAGGGCCAAAGAGUCAAAGUGAAGGUUCUGUCUUUCACCGGCUCCAAGACCAGCCUCAGUAUGAAGGAUGUGGACCAGGAGACCGGAGAAGACCUGAACCCCAACAGGAGGAGGAACGUGGGCCCUGAAGGAGGAGAAGAUGUCUCCAUGAGGAACCCAGACAGACCCAACAACUUGAACCUGGGCCACGCUCCUGAGCUGGAGCAGGACGACACGCUGGAGCGCAAGAGGCUCACCAAGAUCUCUGACCCGGAGAAGUGGGAGAUCAAACAGAUGAUCGCUGCCAACGUGUUGUCCAAAGAAGAAUUUCCAGAUUUUGAUGAUGAGACGGGAAUUCUUCCUAAAGUUGAUGAUGAAGAAGAUGAGGAUCUGGAGAUUGAGCUGGUUGAGGAGGAACCUCCGUUCCUGAGAGGACACACCAAACAAAGCAUGGACAUGAGCCCCGUCAAGAUCGUUAAGAAUCCAGACGGAUCGCUGUCCCAGGCGGCCAUGAUGCAGAGUGCUCUGGCUAAAGAGAGACGGGAGCUGAAGCAGGCGGCUCGGGAGGCUGAGAUGGACUCCAUCCCCAUGGGCCUGAACAAACACUGGGUCGACCCGCUCCCAGAUGUUGACGGGCGGCAGAUUGCUGCCAACAUGAGAGGAAUCGGCAUGAUGCCCAAUGACAUUCCAGAGUGGAAAAAGCACGCCUUUGGAGGGAACAAGGCCUCUUAUGGGAAGAAGACCCAGCUCUCCAUCCUGGAGCAGAGAGAGAGUCUGCCCAUCUACAAGCUGAAGGAGCAGCUCAUUCAGGCUGUUCAUGACAACCAGAUUUUGAUUGUCAUUGGAGAGACGGGUUCUGGUAAGACCACACAGAUCACACAGUACCUGGCAGAGGCGGGGUACACCACCAGAGGGAAGAUCGGCUGCACGCAGCCUCGUCGUGUGGCUGCCAUGUCUGUGGCUAAGAGGGUCUCUGAGGAGUACGGAUGCUGUUUGGGUCAAGAGGUGGGCUACACCAUCCGUUUUGAGGACUGCACCAGCCCUGAGACGGUCAUUAAGUACAUGACAGACGGUAUGCUUCUGAGAGAGUGCUUGAUUGACUCUGAAUUGGGUCAGUACGCCAUCAUCAUGUUGGACGAGGCCCACGAGAGGACGAUCCACACUGAUGUUCUUUUUGGUCUCCUCAAGAAGACGGUGCAGAAGCGCACAGACAUGAAGCUGAUUGUAACUUCUGCUACACUGGAUGCGGUAAAGUUCUCUCAGUAUUUCUACGAAGCCCCCAUCUUCACAAUCCCAGGCAGAACAUAUCCGGUGGAGGUUCUGUACACCAAAGAACCUGAGACGGACUACCUGGAUGCCAGCCUCAUCACGGUCAUGCAGAUCCACCUGACUGAGCCUCCAGGUGACAUCCUGGUCUUUCUGACUGGGCAGGAAGAGAUCGAUACAGCCUGUGAGAUCCUGUAUGAGAGAAUGAAGUCUCUUGGGCCUGAUGUCCCUGAACUCAUCAUUCUGCCAGUUUAUUCUGCUCUGCCCAGUGAGAUGCAGACCAGAAUCUUUGACCCUGCGCCCCCAGGCAGCAGAAAGGUUGUCAUAGCUACCAACAUCGCAGAGACAUCUUUAACUAUUGAUGGGAUCUAUUAUGUGGUGGACCCGGGUUUCGUCAAGCAGAAAGUGUACAACUCUAAGACCGGAAUCGACCAGCUGGUGGUGACUCCCAUCUCACAGGCUCAGGCCAAGCAGAGGGCAGGUCGUGCCGGCCGAACCGGUCCUGGGAAGUGUUACAGGCUUUACACAGAGCGAGCCUACAGAGAUGAGAUGUUAACGACCAACGUUCCUGAGAUCCAGAGGACUAACUUAGCCAGCACCGUGCUGUCUCUGAAGGCCAUGGGCAUCAAUGACCUCCUGUCCUUUGACUUUAUGGACGCUCCUCCUAUGGAGACACUGAUCACAGCCAUGGAGCAGCUUUACACUCUGGGAGCUCUGGACAAUGAGGGUUUACUCACACGACUGGGGAGAAGGAUGGCCGAGUUCCCUCUGGAGCCAAUGCUGUGUAAGAUGCUGAUCAUGUCUGUCCAUCUGGGCUGCAGUGAAGAGAUGCUCACCAUUGUGUCCAUGUUGUCUGUGCAAAACGUCUUCUACAGGCCAAAGGACAAGCAAGCCCUGGCUGACCAGAAGAAAGCCAAGUUUCACCAACCUGAAGGUGACCACCUCACGCUGCUUGCUGUCUACAACUCCUGGAAGAACAACAAGUUUUCCAACCCCUGGUGUUAUGAGAACUUCAUCCAGGCCCGCUCUCUACGCAGAGCUCAGGACAUCCGCAAACAGAUGCUGGGCAUCAUGGACAGACAUAAACUAGAUGUAGUGUCUUGUGGGAAAGCCACAGUUCGAGUCCAGAAGGCCAUCUGCAGUGGUUUCUUCAGAAAUGCAGCUAAGAAGGAUCCUCAAGAGGGCUACAGAACCCUCAUAGACCAGCAAGUGGUCUACAUCCACCCCUCAAGUGCUCUGUUCAACCGGCAGCCUGAAUGGGUUGUGUACCAUGAGCUGGUGCUGACUACCAAAGAGUACAUGCGUGAGGUCACCACCAUCGAUCCUCGCUGGCUGGUGGAGUUCGCCCCUGCCUUCUUUAAAGUGUCUGACCCCACGCGCCUCAGCAAGCAGAAGAAACAGCAGCGCCUGGAACCGCUGUACAACCGCUACGAGGAGCCCAAUGCCUGGAGGAUCUCCCGCGCCUUCAGACGUCGCUGAUGCAAGUGCUGCUGCAGAUCUACCACGCAGAUCUGGACGGUGUGGUGGGUGUGGUGCCAGCUCUAGGUCAGGGAUUCAAGAAGUGGCUCCCUUUUUAAAAAAAUUGUUAACAUUGUAUAUUUCCAUAGAAUCGGUCGCAGACUUCCUGUGAGAUUGGUAAUUAAGAUUUUACAUCAUUAUUAACAGCCUGCCACGUCUGUCCAAUGAGAGCAAAUUUAUGGACCUUCAUGAGGAGAUGCUACCAAACCAUGGACUAUUUAUGUCAGCUCUACGUUCAAUUUAAUUGGCUUUUGUAUUUUAGUUCUUUGGUGUCAGACACAAAAGAUGUGUAACACAAUAUUUUGUAAGAUAACUGAUAACUGUGAUACGCCAUUGUAGCAGAACUCCUGGAACUUUGCCUCAUUAAAUCCAGAAUUUUCUAAAUCUGA